AUGCCCGAUCAAGCGACCGUGGUCCAUCCUUUUCUCAGGCUUGACCACAGCUCGGUCUUCCGUGACGACGACGAGCUCAACACAAGCAGGCCUUUUGCAGCACUUACGGAGCAGGUGCCCCCACCACCGGCAUGGAUCCAGGACCUAGGUUUGGUUAUUCGGGGAUGGACCGACGCGAGGGUGACCGAAGCGGAAAGAGAGGUUCAGAACUUGUUCACCGAAGCAGGCUUGGGCAUCACGGAACUUGGUAAGAAACGAGUGUACCAAACCCAGAAUGUGAACAAGCUCAAAGCCCUUAAAGCCAGGAGUGGCAUUGUAGGACAAGAAGAUGCCAACUUGUGGGUCCAGCGUGACCGCUCAGUGGAAGAACGACUUCGCAUCCGAGCUAUCGUACUGGCCAAAAACUUCUACAACGCCCUGCCUCUGAAGGAUGAUAAGCAAACCAGGUGGCCUGACCCGGAAAUAGUGUGGCGAGGCCAGCUGUUUGUUGGGCAGGUUCGAACCCUUAAGAACAUGGACGACGGCCAUGAACCUGCAGCCUAUGACCAAAUCAUAGAAGAUGUAAAGGGCAACCAUACUGUAUGGUUCCUCUGUGCCGAAUCGUACGCCAAGAUCACGGGACGCGACAAGGAGUCCCUUCAGCAGAUGUGGCAGGACUUUCGACCGAGUGCUACACCCAUGGGGGACCACAUGCCCGUUUGGCAGCAACAGACCGAAGAACUUUUGCAGUUUUGUGAGAAUCGGAGAUAUCACGACACCAUUUGUUUGUGCUGUGAUCUUAAUUAUGAUAUCUUGGAUAUCGUUAACGUCGAUGAGCGAGGCGUACCUCUGGGACAGCUCCUGAGGACGCUGAACCUCGAACACACGCGGCCUUUAGAGCCGACAUGGCGAAACACCACAGGUUCCGCUUCUAGGAUCGAUUUCAUCCUCUUUGCCAUGCCAUCGCUUGAAAGUCGAGACGACCGAGUGGUGUCGGGCUCGGAUGAGGUCGUGGGCUCGGAUCACUGUGCAGUCAGCAUUGCUUUACGAUCGUGCCUUCCUAGCAGAGGACGCGCCUCUUUUAAGCCCUCCAAAUGUGGAAAGUGGUGGACUGACGGUCCGGCCCUGCAAACCAAAGCAGAACAGCUUGCUGAGAAGCUAGACCUGAGCAUGAAUGACCUUUCUAUGCAGGACCUCGAGGGUCUUUGUGAAGCGACCUCCAAGCGAGUGACAAGCUGCAGAUACGUAGACUCGCCUGCCAUCAAAGACAUGAUCAAGGCCCGCAGGAAGCUUCGCGGCAGGGAAGCCCAGCAAAUGGCCAAGAGCAUUGCUGACGCGAGGAAGACAGACAAGAGAGAGUGGCUAGUCCGUCUACUUGAGCAGAGUGCCGCGGGAGACUUCCGGGCGGCUGCAUACUUUCGCAAGAGACAGUCUACCAUGUUCGUGCAAGGAUCAUACUGUAUGAGAGCAGGAGGGAAAGCCAAGGCCAUCAGCGACUUACGAUUCUUCUAUCAGAGAAAGUACACUCCCCUUGAACCACCGCAACCGGGACUGCCAAUGGCCACCUUUCAUUGCAGAGCUGGACCCAUCAUGAACCCUGAACCGUUUACCCUGCAGGAGAUACAGGAAGUGGCCUUUCAGUGCAAGCACAACAAAAGCACGGGUGCCGACGGCAUAUCAUACGAAGCCCUUCAGAUGUUACUGCAAUCCGACCUCAGUCAUCACAUCAUGGACAUGUUCAACAGUGUGUUACAGGGAGAUCUGAGGCCUAUCGUACUGUCGAGUACUGCUGCCAAGGUAUUCACCAAGGCGCUGAUGCUUCGCCUGAGGCCCAAGCUGCCGAGGCUCGCCGAGGAAUACGGGAAACCGCUGAUCAUCAUCAAGCUAGAUGUGGCGGCAGCGUUUGACUCGCUGUCGCACGAAGCAGUAGCUGCACUGCUGGCAACUGCACAGGGCUCCCGGGAAGCUGAGUUGCUGCUCCAGAUCGUGCUAGAGAGUCGGGUGGAACUUGGUCUUCAGGGCACAGCGUGGGAGCAACAAUUACGCCAAGGCAUAUUGCAGGGCAGUAGUUAUAGCGCGGAACUGUUCGCGCGCUGCAUUGACUACUUCCUUACCCCCACUAAUGCCAGGUGGCAGGAGCUUGAGGAAUCCUGGCUGAAGGACCCUAGCGGGCGCAAACUCUUUCUCACUCCCUUUGCUGAUGACCUGGUUUUGUUGGCGACUUCGAGGGCACAAGCACAACGGCUUCUUAGCGACAGUGAAGCCACACUUCAAGCCAUUGGUAAAGUAAAGUAUGAGUCGACGUUCCUUUUUCUGGGUAUCCUCAUGGGUUUUCAGUUGACUUGCCUCAUGAUCUUGCAGGCACGUAUGGCCAAGGUCUCGAGCGCCUUUUGGGCGUAUUACAGCAUACUGAGGCGCACAGAGGUCGGCUUGACGAGAAGGCUCAGAGUGUUCGACUGUUUCAUCACACCUCGUUGGAGGUGGAUUAGCCCGGCCAUUAGGCCCAUCAGCACAGUUCACAGGUUUCUGCGCACCAUCCAUACCUCCUUCCUCACAGCCAUGCUUCGUUUUGCCCGGGAUCCGUUCCAGGGGGCGGUGGAGUCGUGGGUGGCGCGACGCAGGGCUGCUCGACUGGCUGCCCAGCAAGUCAACCAUCGUGCGUGGCCGGGCGAGCACUCCCGCCAAUUUUUCAGCUUUUGGGGCCACGCCGCCCGCUACGCCGCGGGCGACUACAUACCCAUAGCAUUGAUGUUGCAGGUGCGAGGUCCUACCUGGUAUUUCGCAAAUCGAGCAGCGGAUCGAGACCUUUGGAAAGCUUUCUCCCAGGACGCACCCACGAUGCGGACCGCUUUACACUGCUCCCCACUAGGCACGUCCCCGUACAGGUCCAGGACCACGGGCAACAGGAGCAUAUCCUUCGUGUGUAUACGGAUGGCAGUGCCCAACAGGGCCGCAGAGGCCAUCCUCAGGCCCAAGUAUCCCCAGCCUCCCUACUCGUGCUCCCUCCUGUGCGACAUGGAACCAGUGACGGAGCAGGUCCAAGACUUCUUGGAACGCGCCCAGGCCGUACCCGUGCUUAGCCUGCACUCGAUUCUGACGCCGCAACAACUGCUCCUGACGUUCAUGAUGGCUGCCUUGUCAGUGCUGCUCUUCUACUACUUUCUACGCCGCAGCCUGAGCCAGGCGCUCUGUCAUGACGUGCAGCAGAUGACAGGGAUGGGGCCCCACCCGACUGGGGAUUCGACGCCGGCAAUUUUGGCUAUCCAACAAAGCCUGCAAGCCCUGGACGACACGGUCCCAAGCCUCUUGACCGCCCUCCAGGAAUCCAUGACCGCCCUUUCAGGAGUGGUCACAAACCACGGCUCCCUGCUGGGGCAACUGCAGCAAGACGUGACUUCGUUGACAAGUACGACAACCAGCCACGACUCCCUGCUGCAGCAACUGGACCAAGGGGUCAAAGAUAUCGGCAGCGUCUCAGGCACCGAGAUCUCCUCGCUCCUCAAGGAACUAGGUUCACUGAUCGGGUCCCUCCAGCAGUUGACUCCGGCUGCGACGACUCAGUUCGUGAAGGAUGUCAAAGGGGCCCUGGAAACGCGAAUGAAGACGCUGCAGGACACGCUCAUGGAACUAAGCACCUCCGCCACGGCCUUGAAGACCCGCCGGGUGACGGUGGACAUAGCGCCCUUCAAGGAGCAGUUCGACGGUGUCAAGGACCAGCUGGCCUCCCUGCUUGCCAAGAUCGACCAGGCCAACGGGUAUAUGCGAGAUGACCACGCUCUGAUCGUCCGCAUCAAAGACAAGCUCGAAGAGACCAAGAACGACGGUGAGAAACACAAGGCCGCCCUCCAGGGAGACAUACGGAAUAUCGUGGCUUUGGCGCGCAACCUGGAGAAGACCUGCACGCAGGCCUCGGAUUUCAGCGAGAAGGCCCUGAACACAGAGCUCAAGAACGUGGUCGAGGAGUCGGAGAAGCUCCUCAGGUGGGUCGCCGGGCAGGAAGAAGCCCUGGCGGACCGGGCCCAGAAGAUCGAAAGUAUGUGCACGGGGAUGGUGGAUCAGCUCACCGACGUGUCCACCGCCCUGGAGAACCACAGCUCGGUGAUGGGGCAACGACUCCGCCUCCUCAACGAAGUGCAAGGCGGUGUUGAGAGAGUGCUGAGUGCCCUUCCACCCCGGCCGAAUCAGGGAUCAACUACCCCUAUGCAGCCGGCCCCUCACAUGGGCCCGCAUGGCUGGGUGCAGAGAGGCCCGCCACCAGCUCCCUCCCACACGCCGACAGUCUACACGGAGUGGGACCGGCCCUCAUCUAGUGCGAGACCGGCACCAGUGAUCGUCACCAGUAUGGACACUCUGGCCACGGCUUUGCAGCAGCACUCGCAACACAUGUAG